AUGGAAAUUCCUCUCCCUUCAUACGUUGUGGUUGCAUGUGAUGCCACGAAAGAUCGCAAUGAGCACGAGAUCAAGCAUGUCGUUGAUCGCCUUCGAAGAAGGGGUGACAUUCUCUCUGCAAGUCAUAGUCUGCUUGUGCUUGGUGCCUUGCAUAAGGUGCCUCACCCAAUGGGGUACCAGACACUAGCAUGCCCGGAGUCCUUUGCUGGCGCCAAUAUUCGUGCAAUGGAGGAAGAAGUUAACAGAAAAGUUGAGGCAUAUAAAAGUGUGCUUGCAACAAGUUAUCAACAACAUGAAAACAAAGGGGUCAGCAGAAUCGAGGUUAAAAUCACUGCAGGUUUUCCAAUUAGACAGGUUAUUAUACAAGAGGUUACGAACUAUAAUCCAUCUUGGGUUAUUCUUGAUAGACAUCUUCGACGUGACUUGAGAUUUUACAAGAACAAGAUAUCAUGUAGAAUUGGAUUGGUUAAAGAUGACUUGUCACUGGAUAUUUGGAGAUCUCAUCAUAUAACUGAAAUAGAAGUCACCGAACAAAAGCUUAUUUAUUCUUUGAACAAGAGUGUUUCACUAUCAGGUUCUCAAAGUAUUCGAGAUGAAGAGCAAUCUAUCAUGGUUUGCAAAAGUUAUCCUCCUUCCAUUACUUCUGAAAGCUCUAAUAUGUCAAAGAGAAAUAUCAAACAUUCAAAUGCUAAUAAGUUAGAAGAUCACAAUUCUUCAACAGAUUUUCGAUCUUCUUCAAGCAUAAGCAUUAAUGAAGAAUAUAAGCAUCCCAUUGGUUCUCAAAUUUACCAAAAGCAAAGCAUAUAUAGCUUUUUACCAAAUUCUUCAAAUGCUCCAAUUCUUUGUACUUCUUGUGGGACACAAACUGCAUUAUAUACCAAUGACUUGAAAAGGUUCAGCUAUUCUGAGAUACAACAUGCAACAAAUGAUUUUUCAAAAGAAAACUUACUAGGUGAAGGUGGAUAUGGCCAUGUAUAUAAAGGAAUGCUUAAAAAUGGGCAGCAAAUAGCUGCUAAGGUAAGGAAAGAAGAAAGCAAACAAGGGUUUUCUGAAUUCAAUUCUGAAGUUUACGUGUUAAAUUUCGCUCGGCACAAGAAUAUAGUGAUGCUUUUGGGUUAUUGUUUCAAAGAAAGGCUAAAUAUUUUGGUAUAUGAAUAUAUUUGCAACAAGUCUCUUGAUUGGCAUUUAUUUGAUAAAAAUGCUGCAGUUCUCGAAUGGCACCAAAGAUAUGCUAUUGCCAUUGGAACUGCAAAAGGAUUGCGUUUUCUACAUGAGGAAUGUCGUGGAGGCCCUAUAAUUCAUCGUGACAUGAGACCAAGCAAUAUACUCCUCACUCAUGAUUUUGUUCCCAUGGUAGGUGACUUUGGUCUUGCUAAAUGGAAGACUAGUGAUAAGACUCUACACACAAGAAUAAUGGGCACAUUAGGAUACCUUGCCCCCGAGUAUGCCGAAGACGGUAUUGUUUCUGUGCUAAUAGAUGUGUAUGCUUAUGGCAUUAUUCUGUUACAAUUGAUAACAGGACACAAGGCAACUUCUAGUCCAGAGCAACAUCUCUCCCUACGACAAUGGGCUGAGCCCAAGAUUGAGAAGUUAGAAUUUCAUGAACUUAUAGAUUCUCGUCUAGGGGAUUCAUAUGACUCAAAUGAGCUAUAUAUCCUGGCCAAGGUAGCAUAUUACUGCGUGCAAAGAGAUCAUAAGAAACGCCCGUCUAUUGGAGAGGAAUAUUGCUCCGAUAUCUCCCAAUUUUGGUAGUUUUCCUGUUGUUAUUGUCAUGUACAACCUUUCAUAUAUAUCGUGUUACUACUUUGACAUAGAAGGCACUUUGCCUUACAAUAACCUACAUAUGUGGGGUUGCAAGUAAUAGUUGU